CAGCCACGCGCUCUCUGUUCCCACCCACGUGGCCAGAAGCCAAGGGCAGGGCGAGGGGAACGUGGUACGAGCAGGAUGAACUAAAUUUGUAUUAGAGAAAAAAGAAGAAGAAGAAAAAAAAAAGAAGCGGGGGCAGUCCAGAGGAAAAAAACUUCCGAAGAAGUACUGAGCGCCAACGGAGACAGAUCGGCUGCACCCCUGCCCAGCCCUGCGCUGCCAACAGCUUCCAGGAUGAGUUUCCUACUCUUUGCGGUCACAGCCCUCCAUGUUCUUAUCCUCAUCUUACUCUUCGUAGCCACCUUGGACAAGUCAUGGUGGGUUCUGCCUAACAGAGAAACAGUGAACAUCUGGAAUGAAUGUCUGAUGGAUAACCAGCACCAGAACUGGACUUGUCACCCGGUGUCUGACAGUAAAUGGCUUCAUGGAGUCCAGGCAUUCAUGGUUUUAAGCCUUCUCUUCUCCAGUUUAGCUUUCAUUAUUUUCAUGUGGCAGCUCUACACGAUGAAGCGGGGAAGCCUGUUUUACGCCACAGGGAUUUUCCAGAUAUUGACUGCUGUUUCUGUGUUCACAGCUGCCUUGAUCUACACUAUUCAUGUGGACACGUUCCAGCAGGGUCGAAUGCCCGGCGGCUCUUACGGUCACUGUUUUGUCCUAGCCUGGCUUGCUUUUCCCUUGGCCCUUGUUAGUGGGAUUGUUUACAUCCACCUUCGGAAAAAAGAGUGACUUACAACGAGGGAACUUCUCCGUUCACCUUGGAAGGAGACUUGUGCUCCUUUCAAUUCAGCUAUGCAUUCAUUCUUCACAGUUUUUGAAAGCACUCAUGGCACGAAAUUCUAUGCAAUGGGUAACUUGAUCCGUGGGGGUUCUUGCAUUAUAAGCACACGGUUUUCUUUUGCAUACAAGUAGUUCUCGACUUAUGACCACAAUUGAGCCCCAAAUUUCUGUUGCCAAGCAAGACCAUUUUUAAAGUGAGUAGGUACCCCGUUUUAUGACCUUUUUGCUACAGCUGUUAAGCGAAUCACAGCAGCUGUUAAGUGAACCAUGUGGUCGUUAAAGGAAUCCAGCUUUCCCCAUUGGCUUAGUUUUCCAGACGUCAGCUGUGAAGCAUCCGAAUUUUGAUCACAUGACUAUGGGGAUGCUGCAGUGGUCAUUAAACAUGAAAACUAUUUUUCAGUGCUGUUGUAACUUCAAACAUGUCAGUAAAGGAAGGGUUGUAAGUCAAGGACUACCUGUAUUUAUAUAGAUCUCCCAUGAUAUGGGAAAUUAAAGUUGUGCCAUCAUACACUGGGCAUUUCUUUAGUCCAACAGGUUACCAUGAAUUGAUAUCAUGUCAUAUCAUUUUGCCAGCAAAAUAUUCAUGAAUAUUUUGCUGGCAAAAUGAUAUGACAUCAUGCCAUUCUAUCAGCCCAUUCUCUUAAUAUCUGGAGAAAUGUUUGCUUCUUGUUUUUGUAAUUAUGUACAUGUAGAUUAUAGCCACUUUUUACUUUUGCAAAUGAGGGAACAAUAUAUUCCUCCUGUAGUAUUCUUUUAAAAAAAAUGAAUAAUCUUCCUUUUUGAUAAACUGAAGUAUGGCAGACAAUUCCCCGACCUUUUUUUAAAAAAUAGAAACCAGUUUUAUUUGAAAUAUGUAUUUUAAUGGGAAAAACAUGGCAUUGGUAGUAUAGAUAUAAAAUAUAUUUCUUUUUUAAAGUUUUUGCAAAUGGAAGGCAAAUUGAAACAUCAUGUAAGAGGAUCCUCGUGGGGGGUUUAAAAAAGAUUUUAAAAUGGAGUUUAAAUAAGAAUCUGCUUCAUAACAUGUUGGUUUUAUUGCAGAUUUUUCUGUCUUUUCUCACUUGCCUCUUGGGACCUAAAAUACAGCUUGGAUAAAAUACCUAUUAAAUUGCAGUUGAGAAAAUCAUUGAACUUUUAAAAGUUGAAAGAAGAGGCCACGGGACUCUGUGCUUGUUCCAAUUUUUUAAAAAUAAUCUUUUAAAAAGUGUCUUCUUAUUAUUGUAACGGUAGGAGCAUUUGUGAGGGAGGUCAAAAAAGUCAAGAUGGCGGCCAUAACUAUGCAACUGAUACCGCCUUUUGUAUGCAACACAUAUAGAAAAUUAGGGAGCUUCAGUUAUGCACUUGUUUUGUACAGCCAUUUCUAUUUUUUUUACCUCUAUUCCCACAUAUUAGCUUCAUCCUAUCUUUAGAAUGCUUCCCCUCCAGAAUAUUCUACAUAGGAAAAGUACAUUGGGAAAAUAAUUACUUUUAAAUAGAUUUGUGGGAUAAAAAGUUUAGUUGGUGGGAUAUUGGUUGUUCUGUAUCUAAGAUCUAUGUUACUAUUCCUUAACCUUCAGAUUUCUUUAUAGUAUAUAGGCAUCAUUUGGCAAGCAAAACUGGGACUGUCAACUGAGUCAUUAAGCAAAAUAGUCGCUAAUUGAAAAUCACAACUGCUUGUGAUCUCCCCUUUACAGACCUAUAAAGGUCAUAAAUAUGAAAAUUGACUGCAGUUACUUCUUCAUCACCAUCAGAACUGUGAAUGGUCACUAAAUGAGGGAGUCACUAAACAAGGACUAACUUUCAGUAACUUCAUUCAGUGAGUUACAAUUAAUUGUAACUCCCUGCUCAGUGGGUGUACAGUGGCAACAGUAUUUGUUCCCACUCGUACUUAAAUAUUUCAAGUUUUUCUAGCUUUUUCCAAAUGUAUCUCCCUUUAUUUUCAACCUACUGGCUGAAAAUUAUAGGGACUGUAAGAUGCAUAUCCAAAAAUCUGCAGUUUAAGGAAUGUUCAAAUAUUAUGCAUGUGUACCAUCUUUCUUCAACAGGUUUGCUCCUCCUUCAAAUUGAUUGCUAGCCAUAAAAUUGAUGCUUUACAAAUGUCCCCUUUUGUCUUCUUCCAAUGGCUUUUGAUAUUUUAUAUGUAUUUUAGAAAUUAAAAAAGCAACAAAAAGACUUGACGGAGCUGUUGUUUUCCUUCUUUGGGGUGGCAAAUACUUUGUACUCCAAUUCUCCUAACUUUCACAAGGGAAGCUCGUAUUUAGAGACCGUGAAAGAUUAUGAUUUGGAUAGCUCUUCUUUAGCUGACACAAUGCGACUAUCAACUCCUGUUGCUAAGUAAUGUGGUCACUAAGCAUAAAAUCAUGCGACCACAAUGGACUUAUGAUAUGACUUGUACUUGGUUGGUAAGUACAGGUAAACCACAAUGGCUGUAAAGUAAGGUGUCACAUGUCUGUGGUUUCCGUGUCCUCCAUUAGUUGUGAAGAAUGUGAAUAGCGCUCAUUCGACUCCGAUACUGCAGCAUAAGCCAUGUGCAUUGGUUGUGAAGUGCCUGAACGGUGAUCAUGUGAUUGGGAUGCUGGGAUGGUUGUGCCACAGAAUUUGUGUCAGCAGUCUUUUUUAGAAAAAUAACUCUAGCUUUGACACUGCAUGAGUUAGUAAGUGAGGACCAUCUGUAGCAGAUUGCAACUUAAAUAUUAUCCACACAGCUAUGUCAGGGUCAGCCACAGUUCCACACUGCAGUUGUUCAUUCACUGCCUUACCAUCUAAUUGGGAAAACUACAGGUAGUCCCUGACAUGCAACCACAAUUGAGCCCAAACUUUCUGUUGUAAAGUGAAAUAUUGGUUAACUGAGUUUUGACCUAUUUCAUCAUCAAAAUUCAGAUGAUUGGCAACUGACCCAUGUUU